GUAAUGGUUUUAAUCACACGAAUGGCAUCUUUUUAACAGGCAGGAGAGAAAAAAGAGCUGAACCAUUCUGAAAACAUUAACCAGGCUAUUUUGGAGCAAUGGCUAUUGCCUUUGAAAUCUUUCAUCAUGGGUCGGUCUAUACUUAGAAUUCAGAUGAGCCCAGGGGGAGGGGAAUGGGGCAGUGUUAAUCCCCAGUUGUUCUGAAGUUAUCCUGUAAGCAGGUUAGCAUCUAAAUGCCCAAAAUGGGAGCCUCCAAUGUUUUGUUUAAAUUGUGUGAUUCUCUGUGUGUAUUUUGUUUUAACUUUUUUCUGCAUAUAGAUUGUCACAUCAUUCUGGGGGUGGGAGGGGCGACACGACUCAGUUUUCUUUCAAACUAGAUGUCCUGUAGCAUACUGGCUGUAAUCACAUUGGGAGACUGAUGCUCCAUGACAGCUAAAAGUUGGAUUGAGUUUCAGGAGCUACUAUAUAUAAAGCUAGGGCGACUUAUGUCACUGCACUAAUUAAAUGCCAUCUGGGUGGUUCCUCCGGGUUUUUGAGCCCAUCACCCAGUUCUGACCGAGUCAGAAGCCAAGAAGGAGAACAUGAUGAUGGACCUUUUUGAAACUGGCUCCUAUUUCUUCUACUUGGACGGGGAAAAUGUUACUUUGCAGCCGUUAGAAGUGGCAGAGGGCUCGCCUUUGUACCCAGGGAGUGAUGGUACCCUGUCCCCCUGCCAGGACCAAAUGCCCCCGGAAGCCGGGAGCGACAGCAGCGGCGAGGAGCAUGUCCUGGCGCCCCCGGGCCUGCAGCCUCCCCACUGCCCAGGCCAAUGUCUGAUCUGGGCUUGCAAGACAUGCAAGAGAAAAUCUGCCCCUACCGACCGGCGGAAAGCCGCCACCCUGCGCGAAAGGAGGAGGCUAAAGAAAAUCAACGAGGCCUUCGAGGCACUGAAGAGGAGAACUGUGGCCAACCCCAAUCAAAGGCUGCCCAAGGUGGAGAUUCUGCGGAGUGCCAUCAGCUACAUUGAGCGGCUGCAGGAUCUGCUGCACCGGCUGGAUCAGCAGGAGAAAAUGCAGGAGUUAGGGGUGGACCCCUUCAGUUACCGACUCAAGCAAGAAAAUCUUGAGGGUGCGGAUUUCCUGCGCACCUGCAGCUCCCAGUGGCCAAGUGUUUCGGAUCAUUCCAGGGGGCUCGUGAUAACUGCCAAGGAAGGCGGGGCAAGCAUUGAUUCGUCAGCCUCGAGUAGCCUUCGAUGCCUUUCUUCCAUCGUGGACAGCAUUUCCUCCGAAGAAUGCAAACUCCCCGGCGUGGAGGAGGUGGUUGAGAAGUGACUUCUAGUCCGCUUGGAAUAUUCUCCACGCAACAGGAAGAUCCCACC